AUGAGCCUACCCCGAGGCUUCCGACUCUUUCGCACAACCAUGUCCGGCGAAAAGAUCUACGAAGGCGUUUUCGCCGUCCACAAACCCCAAGGCGUCACCUCCGCUGACGUUAUUCGCAAACUGCAAUCUCACCUUAAACCGUCUGAGCUCUUUCGCCCUUGGAUCGAGCACGAACGCAUCGAGCGCGCCCGCUCCUCCUCCCGCGAAGCGAAAUUCUCCCGCAAGCGCAGGAACAAGAACAUUGAUGUGAAGAUCGGACAUGGGGGUACCCUUGAUCCUCUUGCUACGGGUGUGUUGGUUACGGGUGUGGGCAAGGGCACUAAGCAGUUGAAUGAUUUCCUGGGAUGCACGAAGACGUACGAAGCUGUUGUUGUUUUUGGCGCAGAGACGGAUUCGUAUGAUCGACUUGGAAAGAUCGUGAGGCGCGGUCCAUAUGCGCAUAUCACGCGCGAGGGAGUGGAGAAGGCACUUGCGCAGUUCCGGGGCAAGAUCAUGCAGCAUCCGCCUAUUUUCUCGGCGUUGAAGGUGAAGGGAAAGAAGCUGUAUGAGUAUGCACGGGAGGGACAGCUGCCACCGAUUGAAAUCCAAGCGAGACCAGUGGAGGUCUCGAAUUUGGAGAUUCUGGAGUGGUAUGAGCCGGGUACGCAUGAGCAUAAGUGGCCUGAGGAGGAGGCGCCGGAAGAGGAGAAGUCUGUUGCGGAGAAACUACUUGCAAAGGAUGAUGCGCUACCUGUUGCUGCAUCUGCGGAGGAGGGACAGCCUGAGAAGCAGGUGCUAGAGACUUCAUCCGCAACGAAGCGUCCUGCAGAGAGUCAGGAAGAAGAAAAAGAGCAAUCCGCCGCUACAACAACAGAAGUGACCGCCGACGACUCCAUUCCAGCACCAAAAAAGCAGAAGGUUUCUGACGCUGCGCAAGACGCACCCACGGAACAAUCAGCAGCCACCACAAUCGCUGAAACCACCGAAUCCUCCGAAUCAAAACCCGAGACCACCGCAUGCCCUCAACCUCCUGCCGUCAAAAUCACCAUGACCGUCUCCUCCGGCUUCUACGUCCGCUCCCUCGCACACGACCUAGGAAAAGCCCUUGGUAGCUGCGCUCUCAUGUGCGAGCUAUCCCGCACUCGCCAAGCGGAUUUUACACUUGAUUCCGAUAAGAUCCUCGAGUACAAGGACUUGGAUGCUGGGGAGAAAGUCUGGGGCCCGAAGGUGCAAAGCUUCUUGGAGGAAUGGGAGGAGAAGAGGGAGAGAGACGCGAGGGCAGGGUCUUCGUGA